UCUUCCACACCAGGGACGAGGCCCAAACCAGAUUUCCACUGCCCCAGUUGGGCUUCACUGUCCUCAGAAAGCAGCUGCUGUGAUCAUGGGGAAUAUCUUUGGAAACCUUCUUAAGAGCCUGAUUGGGAAGAAGGAGAUGCGCAUCCUGAUGGUGGGCCUUGAUGCUGCAGGGAAGACCACCAUCCUGUACAAGCUAAAACUAGGGGAGAUCGUCACCACCAUCCCUACCAUUGGAUUCAAUGUGGAGACAGUGGAAUACAAGAACAUCAGCUUCACAGUGUGGGACGUGGGUGGCCAAGACAAGAUUCGGCCUCUCUGGAGACACUACUUCCAGAACACACAAGGGUUGAUAUUUGUGGUGGACAGCAAUGAUCGAGAGCGAGUAAAUGAGGCCCGAGAGGAGCUGAUGAGGAUGCUGGCGGAGGACGAGCUUCGGGAUGCUGUGCUCCUUGUUUUUGCAAACAAACAGGAUCUGCCUAAUGCUAUGAAUGCUGCAGAGAUCACAGACAAGCUGGGCCUCCAUUCCCUUCGUCAUCGCAACUGGUAUAUUCAGGCCACCUGUGCCACCAGUGGGGACGGGCUGUAUGAAGGCCUGGACUGGUUGGCCAAUCAACUAAAAAACAAGAAGUGAGAGCCAGACAGUCCUAUCUGACUGCCCCACCCAUCCCUGACACGCCUGUCUCCCUACCC